CCCAACCUCCGAGACAGAGAGGAGGGAGUCACUCGGAGCGCUGCUGACAUUCCCAACAAGCAUUGCAGGGGAGAAAACUGUGUGUGAUACAUAACUCAUAGAGAGAGCGAGAGCGAGGGAUUGUGGGAGUGUGUGAGUGGACGUCAGUGUCGAGGUGAAGAACAACAAGAAGAGGAGAGAAAGUUUGGCUGGUGUGAUCUGUUUUGUUUCUACCAGAAGAAUAAGAGGCAAACAUGUCCAACGCUCUGCUGAGGAGAAACUCCAGCAAACAGGGUUUACAGAACCUCAUGAGGCUGACGGCUCAGAGGAGCAUCGAGGACGCUGAGGAGGUGGAAAGGGAACGCCGUCGAAGAGCUCGCGAGGCUUCAAGCUGGACGAACGGAGGCUCGCCGCCCGAAGAGUUCUCCCCGGAGAACGAGCCGCCGGCAGAGGAGAGCGUGUACGACGGCGACCUGAAGCCGAGAAGCUCUCCGUCUCUGGAGGAGGAUGAAGGCUUCAGCGACUGGACUCAACGGCGAGAACUGCGGAGGCAGCAGCGCCUGCAGGAGCUCAACCGGGGAGGCGAGGAGGACGAGGAUGAAGAGGAGGUCACCAUAAACAAAGCUGUACCAGUGAAGGCUGUCCAGGCCUCGGUCACGUCCUCCAGCCGACUCCGGAGACAAGAGCAGGAAGAGGUGGAGAGGAGGGAGAUGGAGAGGAGGAAGGAACGUGAGGAGGAGGCGAUUCGAGCUGAGAGGGUGAGGAGGGAUAAAGAGAGGGAGGUAGAGGAGGACAAGAAGAAGAGAGAGGAAGCGACGACCAGGAAGAGGGAGGAGAUUCAAAGGCCGAAUACAGAGGUGGAAAAAAGAAAAGAAGUUAAAAUCUCCUACACAUCCAAGGUUUUCCUUCAUCAAGAGCCAAAACUCAACAACGCCAAUGGAGACGCAACCAAUAAGGAAGUGACAUCAUACAAGAGCAGCAAGACAAAAAGGACCACCAGAGCCGCUGAGCCGGAGGAGGCGGAGGCCAUACUGGAGACGGAGCAGCGUCUGGAGAAGAUCCGGCAGGGCCUCCAGCAGAAGGAGAGCCAGGAGCUGGAGCAGCUGAGACACCGACAGGCCGAAGCCGAGCAGGAGCUGGAGGAGCUGAAGAGGAGGAGGGAGGAGAGACGUCGAGUCCGGGAGGAAGAGGAGCGUCGGAGGGAGGUGGAGGAGCAACAACGGCUGGCCAAAGAGGAGGAGGAGAGGAGGCGAAUGAAGGAGGACAUUGAGAGGAGGAGGAUGGAGGCAGCAGAGAGGAUGAAGAAUCUGAGUACAUCCAGCGUGGACGGAGACGAGAUGUUCAGUCCCUUCAGUCCCAAAGCUCCCACACACAAGAUCACAGAGAGAACGGAGUCGCUGAACCGCUCGCUGAAGAAAAGUAACAGUUUUAAGAAGACGCAGCCGCUCGUCCUGCUGCCGAAGAUCGACGACAAGAUGGAGCAGUACGCCCACGCCGUGGAGAACUCCCAGGAGGCCCGGACAGUGAAGGCAUCACUGACCGACCUGCCCAGCUCACCCGAGGUCGUCGCCUCCAAGAAAAACCUGUUUGAGGCCGGAGACGCCUGGAGCCACCAGAGUCCCACCAAGGGAGCGACCUGCAAGGACACUGAGGGGUUGAAGGUGGGCGUGGCCAACCUGAUCACUCAGUGGGUGAAGGGUCCGUCCGACGGCGGCAGGCUGUCGGCCGGCAGACCGGCGGAUGUGAAGCCUGGAGAUGUGAUGCAGAAGAAGAACAUGUGGGAGGUGAUUGUAGACUCAUCAGGUCGACCCGGACAAAGAGCCAAAGGUUCAGCUGCCAGUAAAAAGUACAAAUUUGUCAUCACUGGUCACGGAAAGUACGAGAAAAUCCCCGUGGAUGACGAGGACGGCGAGUUCACUAACGGAAAGUCUGGUAAGAAGAAAGAAAGUUUAAUUCAUACAUUAAAAUCCUUUAAAAAAAACAUUUGUCCUUCUACCUUAUUAAAAAUUACGCAAACGUGUUCGUCACUUUAAUGAAAGGAAGAAGGUGAUCGAGGUUUUUGCUCGACUGUUAUUGGAGCACAGAGCAAAAAGGGGGCGGGGCUUAAGAAAGGGUCAGUUCCCUUUUCUUGUAAAUAAAAAGUGUUCAAACAUUAAAAACACAGUAAAGUCAAUGAGGGAAACUGCACAUUUAUUCUGAGAGAAUCACAGAAAAUCUACAUUUAAUCCAGCACACGCAUUAGAAAUCAUUAGAAAGAACAAUAGAAAACAAACAUUCAGAAAUAAAACUAGAAGAAUAAACUUUGGAUUGGCUGUUUGUGUCUCUCGACCUUUGACCCCACGGUUCACUAUCCCACCGUCCUCCAUCAUGGCGGACGCUGCUCUUCAUUGUUCUUCUCUAACAACUUACAGAAGCUUUUAGCUCAGCGGCUAUCUUGAAGUCACAAUGAAAUCAAACAUUUCGUUGGCGGCUAAUUGAUCAUUUUAAACGUACUUAUUACUGAUAUUGUUGUUAUUAAUGUCGACCACCAGAUUAGAUUCCCCUUGAAAUCAAUGAAACGAGGCAUCAGAAAAACUACCGCUUCAUGACUUCUUGACUUGAGUUCAUUGUUGUUGCUUUAACUUGUUUAUGCUAAACCGUAGCUGUUAAAAUAGUGCACAUUUAGUGUCCCACAGCGGAACAAAACAGCAGUUUCGCUACUUGUGGAUGUGACUAUAAGUAUAAAUGCCGCUUUUAUCUUUUAACCAACUUCAAAAUGUGGUUAAGUACAGGAAAAGGAGGAAGUUGCCCGAGGUUCCAAAAAGGGGGCGGGACUCUUUAUGUCGUACGUACAACCCGAUCUCACUCCCAACUCGUCAAAUACUGCAGCUUGUGUCAGUACUUUACUCUCCGCCUCCGAAUCCCAAAUAUAACGCUCUAGGUUUCCCUCAGGCGCCAUUUCUGGACGCGCCCUCCGUCAAAGUCAUGUGACGUAGAAUAAAUAGCGAGAAGAAAGAUGGUGGAAUGAAUGUUUGUGUCCCGUUUGAGACCAAAAACGUGUUUGAAGUGUGUUCACGUACAUUACAUAAGAUACAUUUCAUACUAAAGUUACGUGUCAGGUACGUAAUUUACGACCUUUUCCUGAUCCUAAGCAAGCAGGUAAACUUAACGAAACUACACAGUUUUUGUUAUUGGUGACUUAACCGAACAUGUUAUUGUUGCUAACUUGACCGCAGAGCUCUGCGCGUCCAGAAAUGGCGCCUGAGGGAAACUUACAGCGUCUUACGAAAGGACAAAAAGAGGCUUUCAAAGAAACUGAAACUCAAUAUUAGGAAGAUCUGAUGGGUGUUUUCCCUUUAAUUGAAAUAAAUAUGCUUAAUUAAAAUGUUGUUUCGUUGUGACUUUAAGACGGUUCAAUCACAAAACACGACCCAUCUACAGCCUAAAAAGAUCGUGUUACACUCUACGUACACAUCCAUUAUCUAGUGAGAGGUCUCACCCUGAGGCAAGUAGCACCAUUUUGAAUAAAACUGGAUAUUUGAAUGAUCAUCACAUAAGAGAAACAGAAUUUUCACAUGUGAUUUGUCUUAAAAUCAUUAAGUUUUUCAAUUCUAUCCAUAAAAAUACAAAUAUUUAUAUGAAAUAUCUGUAAAUUAUCCACUAGAAGCAACUUUCAAGCAUAAAUAACUAAAUCUAAAUAAUAAUCACAGUCUCGGUUUCACAGACAGAUUUCCUUUACAAGAACCAAAUGUUUUAAACUCUAUAUUUAAUCUAUAUUUAAUGUGAACAUGUGCUGAGAGAAACAAAUGAGAAGCUCCGAAAUUACUUAAAACAUAAACGCUUUAAUCCGAUGUGACGUCUGAAUGACUUUAAGACAAAUGUAACUCUCGCUUUUCCAGCUAAAACCACAAAUACAAACAUCCAGACAACCAGUCACGCAAAAGAAAAGCAACACAAAGCUUUUUGUCAAGUAUAAAGUUCAAGCCGAGUUUUCUACAUUUGUUAAACACAGAGACUAAGAAUCCAGACCUGUACAUUAUUUCUGUUGCUAAGAUUUCUACACCUGUACAUUAAACAUAUAGUCAUAACUUUUUUUUUCUUUACAUUUUCGUCUUGGCACUUUAUAUUAUAUAUAUUAUAGUAGUUUAAGUAGCAGUGAACCCCCUUGCCUUUCUGUUAAAGUCUUUUGGUUCCUCGUCUUUACCUUUCCGCCCAAUCAGACCCAUUUCAAAAACUGUUGAUAUUUUCGUCACCGGCCUCGAGGCUGCCUCUUUGAGCCUUUUCGCGUCAAACUUUGGACUAAAGAGCAGCACUGGCAGCCGGAACGCAAACGAAGGUAUCUCUUUCAUCUCGUCUAUCGUCUCUUCCGUCUUCUCCUCCUCGCUUUUGUUCAACUCGAUCUGGUGCAUGAUGUUCUCUUUGGUGGAGAACAUCUGGAAGAGGACGGCGUCCCACAUUUUCAGUGCCUUGGGAGCGUCUUUGCUUUGGUUCUCGUCCUGAGGGUCAGAAGCGUCGCCGGCCUUCUCGUCUGCCUUUUUCACCUCGCUCUGGUCCUGCUCGGUG